UUAAUCAAUACUAACAAAGGACAUUUCACAGGUGAAGAAGUUGUGGCUUGGCAAAAUAUAUAAAAGUAACUAAAUCUUUACCACUUAAUAGUAUUAUUUGAACAAAGGUAUCAGCCGUCAGAAUGAGCAAACUAGACGACCUCCUGGGCAAAAAGAAGACGGUGGUCCCUGUUCUGGACCUCAGUCGCAGCAACAUCCAGACCGUCGAGGAGUUCAAGCGGCUGCUGGAGAAGGUGCCCGACUACAAGAUGCGGCCGGUGAAGGUGCGCGCCGAGGAGAUAAAGAUCCGGGAGAAGGACUACGCCUUCAAGAUGCCCAAGAAGGAGAUGCGAAAGCUGAUGAGAGCCAAUGGGGAACGGGAGGCCUUGUACACCUAUGCGGAUCCCGUGCCCAGUGAAAUGAAGGACGUGGUGCUGAUGGAACUGUGCGCCGUGCCCAUCGACUGGAAGAUGCUGACCACCUUGAGGCCCAAGAACAAGCAGGAGGAGGAGUACUUCAGCCGGAUGGUCGAGAUGGGAAAGCUGGAACUAAAAACGGAGGCCAGGGAUCGCAGGGAGUUCGCUCUGAACAACUGUGUCAAGAAAAUCAAGAACAAAUCGGGCAUUGUGGAAACUCGACUGAUGACCUGUGAGUCCUGCGGCGAGGAAAUGUGUUGUGGCAAGACUUGUGGCGACUUCAACUAUGACCUUUACAUUCGGGUCGAGGCCAGGGUGGUUAAACCCAAACCGGCCGUAUUGUCCUCCAACAAGGCCAAGUUAAAUGGCCGCAAAAAGUCAUCGGUGGGCGGAACCAAGAUCAAGGUCAAAAAGUCCUCAAACAAAGGCAACUAAAACGUUCAAAUUAUACAUAAACACUCCUAAAACCUACUUAGCUUUUGUAUCCAUAUUUAUUUGCUACUACGCUAAUAUAUUUAACAAAUCUCAAAAUACAAAAAUACAUUAUGGAAUUUAUUAUUCAUGAGACUCUCAUAAUUGCUACUGGAACUUUUAUUUAUUAACGUAUUCAGUCAUGUGUAGCAUUUGAUAAACUUGCUAAUUAAUUAAUAAUAUUUAUGCCUUUUGUAAACCAAAGGUGUUAAGUGAAAAGAGCCGAGACUUGAUUAAAAACGAAGCCUUAAGCCUUAUAACUUGGUCACUUUUUUAUUAUUAUUAAUAUUUUAUUUACCACCAAUAAAUCUUAAGGAAGCAUUGUAAACAAAU